CAGGUGGGCCACACUAAUAUCUUCUUGAUAGAAACUAGGCAGCGACAGCCACCUUACGAUUGAAACGACCCGAUCUUUAAACAUUGUUCCCCCACCUGAUGGAAAGAUGGGAUCGUCCACUCGUGUGAUAUAUUGGCACGUGUACUUGCCUCUAGAUUGGUUAUGACCCUACGCGCGUGUAGCUUAAGAAGACCCGUUCAGCUCCCGCCAUCUGUACGUUUUGUUCUUCUUUCUUUUCUUUUGGCUCGUUUUCAGAUUCCAUUCCAUCCUUUUCUCCACCCUUUUGAUUGAUUUUUUUUUCAUGGGUUGUUGAGAUUUGAUUUGAUUUUUGUUGGGUUUGUUUGGAAUUUGCAUUUGUUAAUCUCUAUUCGUCAUGGCUCUCUUCUUUUCCAUUGCUUGAUAUGUAGACAAUAUCAUUGUUCAUACAAUCCCGCUGUUUUUAGAUUUCAUUUUUUUUAAUCUUUUUUUUUUUUUCCUAUUUUUUUAUGGAUUUUUUGUGGGGUUUGUUUGGGAUUUGAAUUUUGUGAUCUUUCUGUUCUGUUCUUUUGCAUUAAUUGAUUUGAAGACAAUGUCAUUGUUCAUAGAGUCCUGCUGUUUUUAGAUUUCAUCUUACCCUUUUUUUUUUUCUUUUUUUUUAAUUGUUUUCUUCGAUGGAUUUUAGUUUUUGGUUGGAUAUUAUUUUGGGUUGGUUUCAUUCGCUUUGAUUUUCUAAUUUCUUUGGUUCUGUUUUAAUUCCACUUUGAUGCUUUUUCUUUUGGAAUUUUGACAUUGGAAAUUCUCAUGACUGAGUUAGCGAUUCAUGUGGUUUCUAAUCCUUAUGAAUCUUGUUUGGAUCAAAAUAGGAUUUUUGGAAUGUUUCUGUUGGUUUUGGAUUGAAUGAUGUUUUCUUUUGAUUUUCAUUUGAUGAAGCAUUUUGGUUUAUUUGAUUUUGUAAUGAAUAUGCAGAAUCAGUGCUAAGUAGUUCCAGCAAUGGCCGAAAGGAACCCACGGCCUACUGGAAUUUUGUCUCAAAAAUCCAUCUUCUUUUUCUUCACGAUCCUGGCUUUCCUGAUUACCUUCUCCUGGUUCUUCUUCCUACGAUCCGCCGGCCACCCGAAUUUCAUCGACCACAACUUCUUAUCCAAUGCAAAGCUCUUUGCUGUGAUCGAUGACGGGAAUUCCUCAUCCCACAAUCCAAAGAAAGUUCAGCCAUUGGCUGCUUCAUCCUUAUUCUCCACCAAUGAAGAAGACAAUGGUCAGGAAGACGAGGAGUUCAAGAAAUGCAAUCCGAAUAAGGCGGUCCUGAAAGUUUUCAUGUACGAUUUGCCACCCGAAUUCCAUUUUGGGAUGUUGGAUUGGAAAGGCGGGAACGGUAGUGUUUGGCCAGAUCUUCAAUCAGAAGUCCCGCACUAUCCCGGCGGAUUGAAUUUGCAACAUAGCAUUGAGUACUGGCUUACAUUAGACCUUCUAUCUUCUCAGUUUGCCAACUGGCCUGGCCCAUGUAGCGCGAUCAGAGUUGAGAAUUCUACUGAAGCCGAUGUUGUUUUCGUCCCGUUCUUUUCUUCGCUGAGUUACAAUCGACAUUCAAAGGUGACGCAAUUGGAAAAGAUCAGCAGGAACAAUUUUCUACAAGCGAAGCUGGUUCAAUUUUUGAUCGCCCAGGAGGAAUGGAAGAGAUCGGGUGGACGUGAUCAUGUCAUCUUAGCACAUCAUCCCAACAGCAUGUUGGAAGCCAGGAAGACGUUGUGGCCCGCCAUAUUAAUCCUCUCUGAUUUUGGGAGGUAUCCUCCGAACAUAGCUAAUGUUGAGAAGGAUGUCAUUGCGCCUUACAAGCAUGUGAUCCAUACAAUCAUCAAUGACAUUGCUGGAUUCAAUAGCCGGCCGACGUUGCUAUAUUUCCAAGGAGCCAUUUACAGGAAGGAUGGCGGGUUCAUUCGACAAGAGCUGUUCUAUCUUCUCAAAAAUGAAAAGGAUGUGCAUUUCACCUUUGGAAGUGUGAGCCGGGACGGCAUCAAAAAUGCAAGCAAGGGGAUGCACUCGUCAAAAUUCUGCCUCAACAUCGCGGGUGACACCCCAUCAUCCAACCGUCUAUUCGACGCGAUCGCUAGUCACUGUGUCCCAGUCAUCAUCAGCGAUGAGAUUGAGCUCCCUUACGAAGACGUUCUGGACUACUCUAAAUUCUGCAUCUUUGUUCGCACUUCAGAAGCUCUCAAAAAGGGGUUCCUCAUAAACCUGAUUAGGAGCAUUGGAGAGGCCGAGUGGACCAAAAUGUGGGAAAGGAUGAAAGAAAUCGAGCGUCACUUUGAAUUUCAGUAUCCAUCGAAGAAGGAAGAUGCGGUUCAGAUGAUUUGGCAGGCGGUGGCCCGGAAGGUUUCAGCAGUUCGAUUAAAGGUCCACAGGUCAAGAAGGUUUGCAUGGUCUGAUAUCAGCAACAACGGAAGAAAACGAAAUCCAUUCCGCAGAAGAAAAGGAUUGGUUAGUAGUAAGCACUCUAAAACAAAAUUUCCAUUUGAAACAUUUUGAUGAGACUUGCAUUUUUACCAAAAAUAUCGAAUCCAUUCUGCAUUUAUGCAACUGCAACCGCUGAUUUCAUACAGCCAAAGAGGGCUUUAAGAGA